AGCCGCGCCGCGCGAGGAGCUUCGAUUUGACGUUUCUCCUCGCCGCGACCGUCCCCGCUCGCAGUCUUACGACGCAAACAUCGUAAACGCCGCUUGCGUUUUCUCCGAGAAUCGGUGCGGCAAUUUCAAUCUCGCAAUGGGAACGUCGUGAGACCGCCUCGUCUCAUCGCCAGCCGUCCGUCAUCGGCCGGAGUGCGUUCUCCAAGCGCGACGCGCCGCCGCGGCCGGUCCCUCGAGAGAGGCACCGCCGCCCGUCGCUCCGUGUGCGCCGCUUCUGACGGGGCCAAGGACGUUCACGUUCGCGAGCACAGACGCACACAGGUGGAAGACGCCGACGAGUGACAAACGCGAGAGGAACGUGGGGCGAACCCCAGGCGGGAAGACUGACGGGGCUCGUUGUCGGCCAUGGCGAGCCUGGCGAGCAGCUCGUCUUCGGCGGGCCUCACCAGGGCCCCGACGAUGCUGGAGCAGCUGCUCGAGGAGAUCAAUUUCCAGAGAACGAAAGAGCUCAGGCAGAUGCUCAAGGAUGACUCCGGAUUCGUCAUGCUGCAAGGCACAACGUACUGGACGGACCUGUUCGUCCGUCACUUCCUCUUUCAAGCGGAGCACGCUAUCGACGGCGACGACCUGCUCUUCUUCGUCCGCAAGAAGCAUGUGAAGACCUCGUCGAGGUAUCUGCCCAAGUUCGAAACCGAGGUCGACGUGUUUCGCAAGGACAGCAAGAAACUGCCGAUCGGCGAUCCCGACAUCGAUUGGGAGGAAACCGUGUACCUGAAUCUCGUCGUGCACCAGUUCGAUUACACGCUCACGUUGGCGAUCUGCACGAGGACGAGCCCCAAGGAAUUGCAAGUAUUGCGACGACAUUCCCAGAAAGUGUACGCCAGUCCGAGCCGACGGCGUAUGGACGCCAAGGGUGACCUCGAGGAAAUGACGUAUCCACACAUAUGCUUCAUGGUGGACAAUUUCGACGAAGUUUUCUGUGAUAUUUUAGUCAGGGACGGGGAGAUGGUGUGCGUGGAGCUGGUCGCCUCCGAUCGGGAAGGCGCGAUUCAGGGCGUUAUUUUCCUCGGCUCUAUCAGAUACGACGCUUUGAAAAAAGUUUACGACGCCAGAUCGAGUCUGAGCACCAAAAUGGCGCAGCGGAUGACGUUCGGCCUUUUCUCCGGCGCGGCCUCGCAAAGAAUAGAAUUCGUGCGAAUGAAGGGACCACGUGGCAAGGGCCACGCGGAGAUGGCCGUGACGAAGCCGAAGGGUUCCGGCGCGGAGACGCCGACGUCGGAGCCGGGUUACUGCGCGACCGACCUGUGGGACGCCGACUGGGACGACGCCGAGGAGCUCUUCAUGUACCGCCACCAACGAAGGCUGUCCGAUCCCAGCGCGAAUCUGAACAACUUCGUGCGCGGCGGCUGGAGAACGAAGCCGGACACGGCGGCGACUAAGGCGCGAUCGGAGAACGAGGGCCUCGACUCGAUGGCGAACGGGCUAAGCGAGAUCGAGGCCGGUGACGUUCGAGACGAGCUGGACGACGGGGCGUAUAAUCCGCUUUGGACGAUGCGAGGGUUUACCCAAACUUUCCAUUUCUGGAAAGAGACGAAGCGAGCGCAGUCCGUACCUCUGAACGCCUUUUUGACGUAUAUUACGUUACCGUGGUGGAGCAUAGCGAAAGAUAUUCUGGAUCACCGAGAAGGACCUAUCUUAACGUUCUAGCUGAUAGCUACAGUACAUUUCAUGUCUAAUUUCAAUAUUUUCCUUUUUUUUACUUUGUACGUAUAUCGACAAUUGUGGCCCAAGGAAUAUAACAAUGUAUAGUUUAAAUAAAAAAUCAAAUAUUAUUUACA